CGGCGCGGGCGCCAUGGCGGCGGCAGCGCGGCCGCUGGCGCUGCUCACCAGCUGUGCCGCGGGCUUCGCGCCCGAGGAGCUCGUCAAACGUAUCACAGGAAAAGAUGACCUCACUGUGGGUGCAAUAACAAGUGGAAGAGUGAAUUUCUACCCCUGGACAAUAGAUAACAAAUAUUACUCUGCAGAUAUCCACCUCUGUGUGGUCCCCAACACAUUCCACGUGACUGGAGACAUUGCUGAGGCUGUGCAGGCAUUUGUGGUGUACUUUGACAGCACAACAAAAACUGGACUGGAAGGUGUCUCUGAAUGGCUUCCCCUGACAGAAGAGUGGCUGCCAGAAGUGAUGAUCCUGGUUUGUGACAGAGUGUCUGAGAAUGGUGUGAACAGACAGAAAGCUCAAGAAUGGUGCAUCAAGCACGGCUUUGAGCUGGUGGAGCUCAGCCCUGAGGAGCUGCCUGAUGAAGAUGAUGAUUUCCCCGAGUCCACCGGAGUGAAGCGCAUUGUGCAGGCCCUCAACGCCAACGUCUGGUCCAACGUGGUCAUGAAGGGGGACAGGACCCAGGGCUUUGGUCUCCUCAGCACCUUGGCAGGAGCAACCAGGAGCCGUGGCUGUGAAGAGACCCCCGAGGCAGAAUCCAACCCAUCCCCAGGAGACAGGGAAGAGUCCCAGUCAGAAGGUGGAGAGGAUGGAGCUGGCACCAACAACCUGGAGCCUGACAGUGCUGCAGAUCCCAUGCUGGAGAUGGACAUCCAGGAGCUGGCCAGCCUGACCACCAGGGAUGGGGACCUGGAGAACUUCGAGAGACUCUUCUCAAAGCUGAAAGAAAUGAAAGACAAAGCUGCCACGCUGCCUCACGAGCAGAGGAAGCUGCAUGCAGAGAAGGUGGCCAAAGCCUUCUGGAUGGCAAUUGGAGGGGACAGGGAUGAGAUUGAAGGUCUCUCCUCAGAUGAAGAGAACUGAAUUCCUCUGCAGCUGGGAGUGCCAGAGCAAUGCUGAAGGAGUGAUCCUUCCCUGAGUUAUUCAUUGCCAAAACCCCCUUUAGCUGUAGCUGCUUCCCUUGGUGACAGCAUUGCCCACAUUCCACAUUCCACAGCAUCUCCUGGCUCCAGGGGCUGGGUCUGACCCUCUCUCCUCUUGGGAAGGUGACACUUGUGUGCUGCAAGGAAACACUGAUGAGUUUACAUUUUUCAAAUGAACAUUUUUAUGAUUUCCUCUCUGGGGUUUAAAUAAACAAAUGUGCUCCCUGCACACAGGGCUGGGGCUCCAUGUUCAGCUCUUGGGUGGUUCUGUGGAGCUUUUCCCAGCUCCAGGUGCCCAGGUUUGGAUGGACCAUGAGGAGGUUGCUGAGCUGAGCCCUGUGGGGGAUGCUGUGCCAGCCCUGGGAGCUGCCAAGUGCCAAAGCCAUUCCAAGGGCUCAGGUUCUGUUUGGAUUUUGCCUGUGUGAGGAUGGGGGCCUUCCCUGGAAUGCCAGGUGUUGUGCACACCCCCUGGAUUCCCCUGAGGGGAUGGAAUGCCAGAGUGCUGCUGCUGCUCCGGGCUGGAAUUCCCUGCCCACAGCUCGUGCAGGGCCUGGCAGGAUUCUCAGAGCUGCCCUGGGAGCUCUGUCCUCAGUCCCAGCUGGAAUCCCGACCCCUGCAGGAGCUCACACUCUGUGUGUCCCUCGGGCACGGGCUCAGGAGGAAUUCCCUUUUCCUGGGCCCAGAGCCUCUGGAAUUCCAGACGUGGCAGGAAGGAGGAGCCUGGGAGGAGCAAGGGGAGAAGGGAGGUGCCACCCCUGCAGGCUGAGCAGGGGGAAGAGGAUCCAACAGAUCCUGGCCCAAGAACUUUUCGUCACUCAUCUGAAAAUCCACCCUGCUAAGCACCCUCAGUCAGGAAUUUCAAAAUAAAAUCUUUCCAUGUCCCCUGAAUUCCCCAGUCCCAGGACAUGGGUUUGCCAUCAGUUAUUGGAUGGUUUUACAUCCUGCAGGCACUUCCACGGUGCUCCUGGAGUUCCCUUUGCCACGGUGAAGCAGAGGUGGGUGUAAAUCACCAGUUUCUUGCAUUGCUGGGAAUCACUUCUGGCACAAACUGGAGCCUGCCUGGCAGUUUGGGAAUUGUUUGGGAGCUCCCCCCCAGUGAAAUGAGCUUUGGGAGGAGUUGUGAGUGCAGAGACACCCAGGGAACACCUGCCAGGGACAUUUCCCAGUUCCAUUCCCAGAGAAUGGACACACCUGAAGCGGCUCCUGCCAAGCAGGGAAUGGUUUCCACGUUGGCUUCUUGGUGGCUGAAGAUUCUUUCUGCCCUUUCUAAACCUUGGUUGUGCAAUGGUGACAAAUGGCCAAAGUGCCAGGGGAAUGGAGGCAGAGGAGAAAACAACACACUUGGACACUUUGUAAACCCUUUAGACAUGUGAUAGAGAUGUGACUUUUAAAAUUUAAUUAGAUGAUAUAAAUUAAAACCCAGUGCUUUGCUGCCUUUUUAUGUGGUAGCAGCAGCUCAUUCCCAUACUCAGAACUGUUUCUAUCAUGAUUUAUUGUAAAUAUGGGUCUUGUUUGUAGGGGCAUAAAUCAUGGAGGCAGGAAGUGUGGCUGGAGACACUGGGAAAUAAUUCAGAGAUCCUUUGAGGCUGUUGUGUUGUGGUUUAAAAUCAAGGUUUACUUUGCUGGUGGUUAAUUUUUUGUGGGUGGUUUGGGGUUUUUCUGAAGAGACCCUUUGGUUUUGGCUACAGAAUUUCUUUACAAAAUAAGAAGUUACAGAAUAAAAGGGGCAUUAGUGGAAAAGCAAA